GACGAUUCAGGAGACGUGAAAGCUCAGUCCUGCGCAAGCCUGCAACAACUUUUGCGCGCACAACCAUCUCCGAGACCGCACCAAAUCAUUGCGCCGCGACAACCAGCUGCGAACACAGCUUCAACCGACGAUACGUUCGAGGCGAAACCGCGUCGAGCCUUGACCACACGAACAAGCACCUGUGCACUCAUCAGACAACAUGGCGGACAAGCCGGCAGAGGUUGCGGCGGCGCGGGAGAAGCUCGAGGCGCAGAUCAAAUCCGCAGACAUGACGGAUGAUAUGCAGCAGGAGUGUAUAGAAGUCGCUCAGGAGGCCAUGGCGAAGUAUACGAUUGAGAAGGACAUUGCACAGCACAUCAAGCGAACGUUUGACGAGCGAAAGGGCCCGACCUGGCACUGCAUUGUUGGCCGUAACUUUGGCAGCUUCGUAACUCACGAAACCAAGCACUUCAUAUACUUUUACCUCGGCCACUGCGCGAUCCUUCUCUUCAAGACUCAGUAAAUCUGGGGGGCGGGGAUACAUACCAUGACACAAUUGCGAGAACUGCAGACCCGAUUUGCUCCUAUGGAGACGCGAAGGGGGCGUCGUAACCUGAGGGUGGCGCAUCACGCACGUUGCGGCUACCUAUUCAGGGUUUGAAAUCAUCAUUCGGUGUAUCAUUCGUAAUAUAGAUAAAUUCUGUUCUCACC